AAUCGUGUGUUAGUUAACCAAUAGCCAGUCUGCAAAGGUGUGAUCAAAGGAAGGUGUCAAACAGGCAGCCAAGACUGACCAGAUCAUUACAGAACACACAUUGUGUGAAACUCAAACUAUCAACUCUCCUGUCUUCAGAUCUCAACUCAACUCAUUAAGGUAACACAUAGCCAUGUAUGUAUAUAUAGUGACCCAGUUCUUGACUUUCAUCCAUCAUAAACAUACAAAUUGGUUAUCAUCCUUUCUUUCAAUUUAUAGCCAUUCUUCUUACUUUUUUACAGAAAAAUGACACCUCCCCCAACAAGAAUCGGUCUCGCUGGCCUUGCUGUCAUGGGCCAAAAUCUUGCGCUCAACAUUGCUGAGAAAGGGUUUCCUAUUUCUGUUUACAAUCGAACCACUUCAAAAGUUGAUGAGACUGUUGAACGUGCCAAAAAGGAGGGAGACCUUCCUUUAUACGGCUUCCAUGAUCCCGAAGCAUUUGUGAACUCAAUCCAGAAACCACGAGUCGUAAUUAUGCUUGUUAAGGCUGGUGCACCAGUUGAUCAAACUAUCAAAACUCUAUCUGUGUACUUAGAAAAAGGAGAUUGUAUUAUUGAUGGUGGUAACGAGUGGUAUGAGAAUACCGAGAGGAGAGAGAAAGCUAUGGCUGAAAAAGGUCUACUGUAUCUUGGAAUGGGAGUUUCAGGUGGUGAAGAGGGUGCUCGUAAUGGGCCUUCUAUGAUGCCUGGAGGAUCCUUUGAGGCUUACAAGAAUAUAGAAGAUAUCCUUCUGAAGGUGGCUGCUCAAGUCCCUGACAGUGGCCCUUGUGUUACAUACAUCGGCGAAGGAGGAUCUGGUAAUUUCGUGAAGAUGGUUCACAAUGGGAUUGAAUAUGGUGAUAUGCAGCUGAUCUCAGAAGCUUAUGAUGUAUUAAAAUCAGUUGGGAAGCUUUCUAAUGAGGAACUGCAUGAGGUUUUCUCAGAGUGGAACAAGGGGGAACUUCAGAGCUUCUUGAUAGAGAUUACAGCUGAUAUCUUUGGAAUUAAGGAUGACAAGGCAGAUGGAUAUUUGGUCGAUAAAGUUCUUGAUAAAACAGGUAUGAAGGGUACAGGUAAGUGGACUGUGCAGCAAGCUGCUGAGCUGUCUAUUGCUGCUCCUACUAUUGCCUCCUCUCUGGAUUCAAGAUUCCUCAGUGGGUUGAAGGAUGAAAGGGUUGCAGCUGCAGAAGUCUUCAAAUCAGGUGGAGUAGAUGACAUCCUUACUGACCAAACUGUGGAUAAGAAGAAGCUGAUCGAUGAUGUUAGACAAGCGCUUUAUGCAUCAAAAAUAUGUAGUUAUGCUCAGGGAAUGAAUUUGAUCCGUGCCAAGAGUAUUGAAAUGGGAUGGGGCUUAACACUGGGGGAGCUUGCUAGGAUAUGGAAGGGUGGUUGCAUUAUCCGUGCCAUAUUUUUGGACCGAAUUAAGAAAGCUUAUGAUAGAAAUGCAGACCUUGCCAGUCUCCUCUUGGAUCCAGAGUUUGCAAAGGAGAUGAUAGAGCGACAAGCAGCUUGGCGAAGAGUUGUUUGUGUUGCUAUCAACUCUGGUGUUAGCACUCCCGGUAUGUCUUCUAGUCUUGCUUACUUUGACACUUACAGGAGGGAAAGGCUGCCUGCUAACUUGGUUCAAGCUCAAAGAGAUUACUUUGGUGCUCAUACCUACGAGAGAACUGAUAUGCCAGGGGACUUUCACACUGAAUGGUUCAAGAUUGCCAGGAACUCAAAAAAAUAAUAUCAAAAGGGCAGCCUUCCAUUAUACUUAAUAAUGUUUCAUUGAUAAAUGAGACCAUUGCAUUCCACCCCAUAUCGUGAUGUAAACUUAUCUUGUUCAUGUUGUGAAGUCCUCUGAGAUCUGCUUUGCUUUUAUUUUUCUUUUGUUACUGUUGUGUUAAUCAGUUGGAUGAGCUUGUACUCUGAUAGUUACCUGGAACAUGGAAUUCUGUAAUAGUCCUUACUUUCAAUAUGUAAGCUUUACAUUUUACAGGUUCCA